AGAGUAAUAAUCAUAGCAAAUUACUCUGCGGAUUUUUGUUCUCGUUGCGGUUGGUAUGCGAGGAGAGGGCGCGGGAAGUGACAAAGGGACGCCGACUUUUGAACACCGAGGUGAUAAUAAACCAACCCACGUCGCCGACUUCAGUUCAAAGGAGUAUUUUGGUCUCAAAUCUUAUAAGGAAACAAGGUUGUUAUCUUCGAUUUCAGCAUAAUCCUUCGAUUUUUCUAUCCAAAAUUGGUUUUUUUAUUGAUCAGAGCACGGAGAAUCGAAAUACCCAGAAGUUGGAUUCGUCAAAUUUGGAUUUUUUUUUUCUUUUUUUGGGUUAGUUUUGAGAAUUUAAGAUGCAAGGUAGGGUUUUGGCCAUGGAGAAUGGAACGGAACCGUCCCAAAGGACUCAAUCUCGAGCUUUUCCUCUCGGAACCCUAAAAAUUCUUAUAUCGCUCGUUGUUUUGAGCGUUGGGUUGCUAAUCCUCAGCUUCUACAUGACACGCUACUUCUAUCUCCAACCUAUCACGGUGUUGCGUAGUAGUUCCAGUUUCAAUCCCUGGUUCGGCGAACAGAGCGAUCUCAGCCGUUGGAUUACGCCUCCUUCUACUUUGAUGCAUAAUAUGAGCGACGAGGAGCUGUUUUGGCGUGCUUCGUUUGUUCCAGAGAUUAAGCAGUGUCCAUAUAAGAGGGUCCCAAAGGUUGCGUUUAUGUUCUUAACAAGGGGCCCAUUGCCACUUCAUCCUCUGUGGGAGAAGUUCUUCGAAGGCCACAAAGGACGAUACUCGAUUUAUGUUCAUUCGUUGCCGGAUUAUCAUCCCGAUUUUCCGCCGAACUCAGUGUUCUACCGGAGACAAAUCCCGAGUCAGGUCGUCAUGUGGGGGGAUAGAAGCAUCUGCGACGCAGAGAGGCGGCUUCUGGCCAAUGCCUUGCUCGACCUAUCAAAUGAACGGUUCGUCCUUCUCUCUGAAUCUUGCAUCCCAAUCUACGGCUUCAGCAUUAUUUAUCAAUACCUGGUGAAAUCAAGAUACAGCUUUGUCGGUUCUUUCGAUGAUCCUCGCCCUUUUGGAAGGGGAAGGUACAGACCCGACAUGGCCCCCGAGGUCAAUAUAACUCAAUGGCGAAAAGGGCCUCAGUGGUUCGAAGUGGACCGAAAGCUCGCGAUUGACAUUAUCAAGGACACCAAAUACUACGCAAAGUUCAAAGAAUUCUGCAAGCCACCUUGCUAUAUGGAUGAGCACUACAUUCCUACCAUGUUCACCGUUGAAUCUCCGGACCUUAUCGCGAAUAGAAGUGUCACAUGGGUAGAUUGGUCGAGAGGCGGCUCCCACCCUGCUACUUUUGGAAAGGGUGACAUCAAUGAAGCUUUUCUGAAACGGAUCACCGAAGAUCAGAAGUGCUUACACAACAACCAGCCGUCUUCCAUUUGUUUUCUCUUUGCGAGAAAGUUUUCUCCGAGCACGUUGGAGCCUUUGCUGCAAUUUGCACCCAGUUUAUUUGGGCUUGAUCAAUGAUAAUGACUUAGUGCCAAAAAGAGAGAGAGAGAAGAAUUAACAGUGCGUUGAGUGAUUGACUCAGCGAAUUUUGGAGAUCAGUAGAAUAUAAAGACAGCAAAGGGAUGAAGAGGGGUAGGAUUGAAUUCAGCUAACAAAAGGUUUUCUUGUAGACAUGGAUUAGUGAGCAUAUAUGUUGGAUCCUGAUACAUAAUUACUUGUCCAGAGAAAUUUCUUGUGUAUAGUUUUAGGAGUUUUUCUUAAUUAGAUCGAAAACUGCAAUAAAUGGAUCCGUAUAUCCUAUUUAAAGGCUUGGCAA